GUCGGCUCCACUGACCCGGUAGGAGCCAGCUCCAGCACACCCCACUGUGCCUCCUGUGAUUUCAGGGAGGCAGGAAAGGCUGGUGAGGAGAGCACAGGCCGCAAAGUCAGGCCGCCCAGGCUGGAAUCCCAGCUCUGCCUCUGGCUGGGCAAGCUUCGGCACUACCCCCAUCUCUGCCUUCAGUUCCCCGUCAAGUGAAGAAAACAAGUCUCAGGUGGGCAUGGUGGGCUCCUAAGAGGGACAGGGUCUGGGAAGCUAGGCGUCUGGGGCAGCUGAGAAGGUAGUGAGGGCCCCUGGAUACAGAGCAGAGCAGAGCCCAGCAGGCCAGAGCCACUCAGAGGAGGGGCGGGCCAGCGGAGUUACCGCAAAAGUGAGUCAAAACAUCUGCUGGCAACACGACAGGGCCGUCAGAUGUUAGCAUGACUGUGGCCGCGAUCUUUUAUGGUCCAAAGUUCCCAGGAACAUUCUCCAGAUACAGGGCCACAUCCGAUACUUGUUCUGAUCCUUAGAAAACAUCACACGUGCCAACACAAACUCCUGUAUCUGGCUGCCCUGGUGUUCCCCACCAGAAUCCACACGUGUGCGAAGAGAACCCAAAGCAGGGGGAACUGCCGGGCACCCUGAGGGCCCAGUAAGUGACAGCCACCCUCCACAUGAAUGGGGACAUCAGGGAGGGUGGGGAAUGGCUCCUUCUCAUGGACCUGUUCAGCUUCAGCAGCCAAAGGGGGAGUGGUUUUCUGAGACCAGCAGGGUGAUGUCAUGUCGGGGAAAGUGUUUCUCAGGUGGCUGGCCAGAGACAUGUGUCUGCGGCCCCUCUGCCCCACCCCCUGGACACACCUCUGCCGGCUGAGGGUGACACAACCCUGUUCCCUGUCACUGUGUUCCCGCUUAUCUCUCCCGCCUUUUCGGCGCCACCACCUUCUUGGAAAUGAGUUAGGGCAAAGGGGAGUGGGCUUAGCACCCCCACGUCCCCCAGCAGUCCCCAUAAAAGCAAGUGAAACUGGGCCCCAGACACCGGAGCCAGUCCUAGACCCAAGAGCGGGACAGCCAGACGGACGGCACAAUGGUCCUGAACACGCACAUCCGGGCUGCCUGUCUGCUGCUCCUUCUCCUGGCCAGCCUGACCACUGGCUCGGUUUCUCCACACCAGACAAGGCAGCUUGCAGACCUCCAGACCCAGGACACAGUUGGAACAGCGGGAGCUACAGCCGGCUUGAUGGUGAGAGCAGCUGAGAGUCCUGAGUGUCCUGCCCCUUCCUGUGUCCAGGCCCUGCUCACUCUCCCUUCCUUCCCGCAGCCCGGGCUCCACCAGCUGAGGCGGCGGGACACCCACUUCCCCAUCUGCACCCUCUGCUGUGGCUGCUGCAAGAAGUCGAAGUGUGGGUGGUGCUGCAAGACCUAGAACCUUCCGGCCCUGCCCAGGCCUCCCUUCCUUAUUUAUUCCUACCCCUCCAGCACUCUGUGAAUGGUCUCUGAAUAAAAUGGCUUGUUCUCUCUUGUUUUCCAAA